AUGCUACCGUUGGAUGGAUGGCUCUGCACGAACAGAGUGGUACGUGUGCUCGAGGCUGACAACACAAUCUGCCCAACACAGGGGAACCCUCCCACCGGGCGACGAGGAGAGAAGGGUCCGGUCGUCGCCCUCCCACAGAACGAAUCACGUCCGAAGGCGAAUCCCUUCGAUCCUUCUCACCACCGCCGACGCCGACGCCGACGUCGACGACCGCACGCUGCCUCGCCGUUCGGACCAAGAGUGCGUACGCACGACCAAUCGCUCGUUCGUCUCGCUCGCUCGGUCAUUUCCGCGUCGGCCCUUGCUCCGAUCGUCCGUUUCGCCAGAUGCCCGCGGCCCCGGGAUCGUCCUCGGCCGCCCAUUCCCUUCGACCAUGCGCUCGCUCCUCACCCUCUCGGCCCUGCUGGCCGUGGCGAGCCUGACCAUCGCCGACGAUGCUCCCCCCCGCUUCUCCAUCGAUUCCCAAGGUACGGAGCCUCAGGGUGCCGAGGCGCCGACCGACCAGCUGACCCUCGUCACCUUCGUCCAGAGGCCAUCAGGCGGACGGCCGGCACCGUCGCCUGGGACAUGAUGCAGUACUACAAGGGAAACCUCUCGGGCGCGACGCCCGGCAUCCUCCCCGGCCCUCCACCCGCCGGUGACUACUACUGGUGGGAGGCCGGUGCCAUGUGGGGGACCCUGAUCGACUACUGGGCCUGGACCGGCGACGCGACCUACAACGACGAGGUCAUGACGGCCAUGCAGUGGCAGGUCGGCCCCGGCCGCGACUAUCAACCUCCCAACGUCACCGCCUCGCUCGGAAACGACGACCAGGCCUUCUGGGGCAUGUCGGCCAUGCUCGCCGCCGAGUCGAGGUUCCCCGACCCGCCCGCCGACCGGCCGCAGUGGCUCGCCCUCGCCCAGGCCGUCUUCAACACCCAGGCGGCGCCCGACCGACACGACCAGGACUGCGGCGGCGGCAUGCACUGGCAGAUCUACAGCUUCAACACCGGCUACGACUACAAGAACAGCAUCGCCAACGGCUGCUUCUUCAACCUCGGCGCCCGCCUCUACCGCUACACCGGCAACGAGACGUACCGAGACUGGGCCGUCAGGACCUGGGACUGGAUGGAGGCCGUCGGCUACCUCGACGCGGCCACCUACGCCAUCUACGACGGCGCCCACGGCAAGCACAACUGCACCGACAUCAACAUGGCCGAAUUCUCCUACAACAACGCCGUCUUCGCCCAAGGCGCCGCCUUUCUCUACAACGCCACCGAGGAUGCCGUCUGGAAGGCGAGGACCGAGAGGCUCGUGAGCCACGGUCUCAAAACCUUUUUCCCCGAGGGCGUCGCCGUCGAACUUCCGUGCGAGAAGCCCGGCACGUGCACGACGGACAUGCUCUCCUUCAAGGGCUUCCUGCAUCGGUGGUACGCCGUCAUCACCCAGAUGGUGCCCUCGAUAUCCGCCAGCAUCGCCCCCAUGCUCGCCAAGUCGGCGGCGGCGGCCAUCAGGCAGUGCACCGGCGGCGCCUUUGGACGCCAGUGCGGCUUCCAGUGGGCGACGGGCACCUACGACGGCAGGACCGGUGUCAGCCAGCAGAUGAGCGUCCUCGGCGCCGUCCUCUCGCAGCUCAUCGGCGACGCCAAGAGCCCCGUGACGGCCAAGUCGGGCGGCACCUCCAAGGGCGACCCGAACGCCGGCGCCCGCAGCAGCCUCUGCGAGAGCUGUCGGAGGAACGACCGGCCCGUCACCGUCGGCGAUAGAGUCGGCGCUGGCAUGCUCACCUUUGCCCUCGUCGCGCUCGCCACGGGCCUUUUCGGUUGGAUCAUCAUGGAUAUUCGCGACAGCUAG